AUGAAUGAGCUCAUUCCAAGACGCGGAGCUCGAUUGGAUGAGCCGCCAGAAGACGGAUUCGUCGUCGGAAAAGAAGAAUCUCUGGUGACGUCACUUCUCCUUUUCGGCGGCGUUACCGGAUACUCCACACGUGUUUGUACAAUUUGCAUAGGUAAUGAGAACGCCUACUCGUUUCUGCCAUUGUUCUGCUCCCGAUUUCUUUUUUUGCGAGACUGAAACUUCUUUUUCAUCAUUAGAUCUCGAUCACUUUUCAAAACCAAGGAUCAAAUGGCGUCGGCGAUGAAGUUCCAGUACUACUCGACGACCAAAAGGACCGCGGCCAAGUCGAUGUCCUCCAGCCUGUGAGUUUUGCUUCUAGCCAUUAAACUCCAGCUUUCAGGUCGACCAGCACCGAGACCCGUUUGGAGGAGUUCAAGCGACGUUUCCGACGCAGUGGCUCACUGGGAAUCCCAUUCGUUCCGGAAGAAGACGUCAGACAGGUCUUCCAGAACAACGACUCGUCCAAUAGAGAAGCCUCCAUCAAGGAGGACGACGAGGGACUCGCCAUUCUGACGGUGAUAGUGAAGACGUUGCGAGGCGUCGAGAAUAUCGGUCGCAUGGUGGAAGCUCUGCCGGUGGGUAGAAACUUGAACUGUGGAAAAUAAACAUGCCAAGAUUUUGACGCAAAAAUUCCAAAUAGUUACAAAAUCUUCUUUUAAGCUAAACCACGGGAGGUUCACCUUAGAAAUUGCGAUUUCUCGUUUUCAAAGCGGAGCUAUAAAUAACGAAAUAUCAGUUUGAAGAGAAUAAAACGAGGAAAACAAUUAGUUUCCAGUCUUCUGUAAGGCUUUUUGAACAAAGCAGACUGUAAGCAGUCUGCUUUGUUCAAAACUAAAAUGUUUUUUGAAUCUUAAAAAAACCACCGACCAGUGUAGCCCCCUCCGUGGCUACAAACUACUCUAGUUUUUUUUUCUUGCUUUAGCCAAAGACGCGUGUGAAGCACAUGGAGACGCGCGACAGCCAGGAUGGCUCAGUCGUCCAAAUGGACGUUCUUUUGGAGCUCGAGCUGGAGCUCGGCGUUGGAAAGCACUCGGCGAUGGAGCACAUGAGGAGAAACGGACUGGAGGUCAGGCCGACCGGCCAUCGGAGAUUCCGGGUUUUCAGGUCCACGAAGUGUCCUUCACAAUUCGUCCUUCUGUCACCGAAGAAUACGUUGAGCCGGGAUCUAAUGGUAAGUCCUAUAGAAUGACGCAGUUUCAGAACGAACAGAGAGCGUUGAUUUUCACAUUUUUUUUUCAAAUCUCAAGACGCGACGACGGGAUCUCAAUGGUUCCCUAAGAGUAUUUACGAACUGGACAUCUGCGCCAAACGAGUGAUCAUGUACGGCGCCGGCCUAGACGCAGAUCAUCCGGUCAGUCUCACUUGUCCCGUCCUCAAAAUGUCCUGUUGAGGGCUUCAAAGACGUGGAGUAUCGUCAGAGGCGGAUGAUGUUCGCCGACGUCGCUCUCAGCUACAAACAGUAAUUUGACAAGAAAUCCGGCAAAAUAUAGAAAAUCUUCAGCGGAGAGCCGAUCCCGCGGAUCGAAUACACGGCCAGUGAGACACACACCUGGGGAGUCAUCUACCGGAAGCUCCGUCAGCUCCACAAAAAGUACUUUAUUCGAAGCCACCGUCUGACUCAAACGAAUUAACUAAUGAAAACCUUUUCAAAGACACGACGAUUGUUCAUUUGCAUCCUUCAGACACGCAUGUAGAGAGUUCCUCGACAACUUUGAACUUCUUGAACGUCAUUGCGGCUACUCUGAGAACAACAUUCCGCAACUAGAGGACAUUUGUCGAUUCCUAAAAGGUGGGUUUCCAUCAUCUUCCCGUUGAGUUGACCGGGAACCUCAGCAAAGACGGGAUUCCGGGUGCGGCCGGUGGCUGGAUAUCUUUCCGCCCGGGACUUCCUUGCAGGACUUGCGUUUCGCGUCUUUUUCUGCACUCAGUACGUGCGACACCACGCCGACCCUUUCUACACUCCGGAACCGUUGGUCUUUGCACUUUAAAAGUUCAGGAGAAUGGACGUACUCAGAGGGAAGGUGGAUUUAAAAAACUGUUGCAUUUGAUGGUGAAAAAUCCAUUCAUCAUUGAUUAUCAAAAAGACGUAUAAAUCUUGAUGAAGAAUUUUUUUGACAUUGAAACCCAGAUCUGGGCCAGAUGAACAUUUUUAUUUAAAAAACGAGAAAUCGCAAAAUUUUCGAGAAAAAACUUUGUAACUAUCAAACCACACUUUGGAGUAAAAGUGAACGAAACUUUGGAAAUAUCUUUGGAUAGACCUGAACUCUUGCUCCAGCGAUACCGUACACGAACUGAUGGGUCACAUGGCAUUGUUCGCUGAACCUGACUUCGCGCAGUUCUCCCAAGAAAUCGGACUGGCGUCACUGGGUGCCAGCGAGGAGGAUCUCAAGAAACUAGCCACGGUGAGAGUUUAUACAUUUCUCCAGUGAAUAUUUCUCAGCUUUAUUUCUUCUCAAUCGAGUUUGGCCUCUCUUCGGAUAACUGCGCUGACACUCCUGACAAAGAAAACGCUGGGGAGAAACCUUCUAGGAAGUACAAAGUCUACGGAGCGGGACUGUUGAGCAGCGCCGGAGAACUCCAGGUUGGCUGACCGCGUCGAGAAUCGUUAAUAAGUUUGACUUCUGAAGCACGCUGUGGAGGGCAACGCGACCAUAAUACGUUUUGAUCCUGAUCGCGUCGUCGAACAAGAAUGUCUGAUCACGACUUUCCAGAACGCCUACUUCUACACUCGAAAUUUCGAGGAAGCUCAACAGAAACUUAGGUUUGACUCUUCCAUUCUACAAACGUGAUCUGCGGUUUCAGGAUGUUCACUAGCAACAUGAAACGCCCGUUUGUAGUGCGAUACAAUCCAUACACGGAGAGUGUAGAGGUCUGUUUUUGCAAACUGUUUUUCAUAGUCAUCCGUUGUAGGUGCUGAACAACCAGAGGUCGAUAAUGCUGGCCGUGAACUCUCUGCGUUCGGACAUCAAUCUCCUCGCCGGAGCUCUCCAUUACAUUCUUUGA